AUGCAACAAGAUAAUGGACAUGAAGAAGAUAAAGAAAAUAAACAAGAAAUGCAAGUUCCACCCUCUGAACAUGAGCCAACUGCAACCAUAUACAUUAAAAAUUUUGUUCGUCCUUUAACACAUACAAAAGUCCGCGAACUUUUAGAGCAAUAUGGCAAAAUCGUAUUUUUUUGGAUGGAUAAGAUUAAAUCUCAUUGUUAUGUAAAGGUGAUUUCAUUUAUACAUAAAUAUAAUAAAUUAAAGUUGGAAAUCACAAAAUUGGCACAUCAAUCACUCUGGGAUGUUGUUUUUCCACCUGAAACUGGCAGAAAACUUAUAUCUGAAAGAAAAAAACCUAAUGGAAAUAGUGGAACUGUUCCUAACAUAAAGAUAGUGUCAUUAGAUUCACUAUUUUCAAAAACAAAAGCUACUCCUCAUCUAUACUAUAAACCUGUGUCGUCAGAAGAUGCAAAAUCAAGACUUAAAGUUAUGGAAAGAAGAAGGAAUAGGAGAAAUUCAUAG